UCUGUCAGUGUGUGAAGGUUUCCAGCCCUUCUCGCACUCCUCUCCCCAUCUAUCCUCCCGUGCAACACAGCAGACCUCCUCCUCCUCUUCCUCUUCUUCUCCUUGCGACGGCUACCGGGACUGCCGACAGCUCAGACAGAGAGAGGGAGCAGUGUGUGUGUGUGUGUGUAUGACGAGAGAGAAGGGAAGAGAAAGUGAGAGUGCGUGUGUGCGCGCGCCCGCCCGCAACCGGUCCCCCCCUGUGUGUUAUUUCUCCCACCGUCCCCGCCUCGUUUUCUCCCGGUCAUGACGCUGGAAGCGAUCCGCUACCGGUCCGGGUCUCUGCAGAUCCUCAACCAGCUGCUGCUGCCGCACCAGACCGAGUACGAGGAGCUCCGCUCGGUGCAGGACGCCUUCGAGGCCAUCAAGUCCAUGAAGGUGCGGGGCGCCCCGGCAAUCGCCAUCGUCGGCUGUCUCAGCCUGGCUGUGGAGUUGCGGGCAGGCGCCGGCGGGGAUGACCCCGUGACCUUCAUCCGGGAGUCUCUGUGUCACCUGACUUCAGCCCGGCCCACCGCUGUGAACAUGGGCCGCGCCGCCCGCGAGCUGAUGGAGUUCGCGGAGAACGAGAGCAUGGAGAAGAACUCGGAGCAGCUCAGAGAAAGCGUGAUCUCCUGGAUCGAAGACAUGCUGGAGCGCGACGUCAACGACAACAAGAAGAUCGGUAACUAUGGCGCCCAGCACAUCCUGUCUGGCGUUCCCAGGGCCUCCGUGACCAUCCUCACACACUGCAACACCGGCUCGCUGGCCACGGCCGGAUACGGGACCGCACUCGGUGUGGUGCGAAGCCUCCACGCGCUGAGCCGGCUGAAGCGCGUGUACUGCACGGAGACGAGGCCGUACAACCAGGGCUCCAGGCUGACGGCGUAUGAGGCGGUAACGGAGGGAAUCCCCGCUACGCUCAUCACAGACAGCAUGGCGGCCCUCACCAUGAGAGAAAUGGACAUCACAGCUGUGGUGGUGGGCGCAGACCGGGUGGUUGCUAACGGCGACACGGCCAACAAGGUGGGCACAUACCAGCUGGCCAUCGCCGCAAAGCACCAUGGGAUCCCCUUCUACGUGGCGGCGCCCAGCACGUCAUGCGACCUGAGCCUGGAGAGCGGCCGGGACAUCAUCAUCGAAGUGCGUCCCCCCGAGGAGCUCACCAGCAUCAACGGCAUCCCCAUCGCUGCCCCGGGCAUCGAGGUGUGGAACCCGGCCUUCGACGUGACCCCUCACCAGCUCAUCACCGGAGGCAUCAUCACCGAGCUGGGGGUCUUCCUCCCCUCCGAGCUCCAGGCAGCGCUCACCGGCCGCCUCACUGCCCUCUAGAUCCACUCAGCGCCACCUGCCGGUCCGUGUGCACCACUGCAACCUUCACGUCACACACUCAGACACUCAUUUCAUCACGGAACACACACACACACACACACACUGUCUUUGUUGUGGUUUAGUUUUCGGUCGACGCACAAUCACUGCUACAUGUCAGCGGUGCACACGGAAGAAGAAACGUUCUUCAGUCUCUCACACACACACACACACACACACACUCACUGCAGGGAGUCAAGCAGACACACACGUGCAGUCUCCCCUUUCUUUUACGUCCUGUUUGUUUUCUGUGGUGUGAUCAUUUCAGCUUUUUCCUUCCCAUCUUUCGUUCUCUCUCGCCGCCUCGUUCUUCUUUCUAAGUAGCUUCGGCAACGACAGACGGCGCUCAGCUGGACUCGAUCCCGUCAAUUCUAUUUGGCAAAAAAACAAACCUAUUAAGUAAUUCUUCUUAAACUACAAACAAAUAAGCUUCCCAAAAAAAAGUCUGUUUCUUUAAGUUCAGAGUAGUGGUUUUUAUCCGCUAUGGUUUCUAAAAUGCUGCUACCCUCUUGUAAAUAUACAUAUUCUUGCCGGCAGUGUGUACAUAUGUAGAAAACUAACCCCCGCUAGUGGAAUCUACUGCUAUUUUAACCAAAAAUGUGGUUGUCUCGGAUCAAAUUUGACUUUAAAAAAAUGUUAUAUUAACAUUUAAUUGAUUUUGUUCUGCAUAGAACACUUUUUGUAGAGGAAUAAUCCAAAUUUAUAAUUCAAAUACAUUUUACAAGCAGAUUUUAGGGACAUGAACAAAAGUAUUUCGCUAUAACAUUUUUAAUUGACCUUUUUAAGUCAGCUGAAGCUGAUGAAAAAUCCAUGGCUGUAUUCUAACCGUACUCCUUGUUUGUAUCUUGCUAUUCCCAGUUGUACUGUAUCAUACCACACCUGUACUCAUCCUGUACUUAUAUAUAUAUGUAACCAUAAUUAUUUCAGCACCAUACAGAUAUUCACCAUUCUGCACCGGGGGAUUGUGUCUUUUUGUUGCCAUAGCAGCGUUAGCUGUGAUGUAUUUGUGAAAUACAGGCGUCACCAUUAAAGGAAGAGUUCACCCCAAAAUGAAAGUUUGGUCAUCUGCUCACUUGCAUGCCAGUUAAAGUUUAACUAAUGUGUGUGUGCACAACAAAAUAUGUUAAUAGCAUCAGCUGUAUCUCAAGUUAUUUAUUUUUUUAAACAUUGUUUUACAGCCAGGAAAAAUUUAAAAUAAUAAUAUUCAAGCGAUAACUUAAUAUCUUCUAUUUUUAGAAACACUCUGUCAAUGAAGGGUGUGUUUAACUAGAUUGGAAUCAGAACAAUAGAGAAGUAUCAUUCAACUCUGAUAUUUCACGUUUUUGCUUCUUUCAGUUCAUUUGGGGUUUAGUUCUACAGCUUUUUAUCUUUACUGUUUUAAUGCACUCCUUAAGGCGCUGUGGUGAACCCACUUUAAACUCCCCGUUUAGCACCAAACAAGUAAGUGACUUACUAGUUUAUAUUCUUCUGAGGAGUUGGUGGAGACCAAAUGAGAGCAAAUAUUGAGCUUACACUCGUCAGUUGGAUUCAAACAUGACUGAACGGCUCUGUUGCUCGGUGCUGAAAUGAUACAUUCCUCGUUUAAAAUAACAUUGCAGCAACCUGUUUUAACAUGACCUCAUAUUUACCCAUCAACAGGAGCUAUUAUUGUAAAGGGUGUGUGACUGAGUCCCUACACUUCUGUCACCCGGACGGUGAUCAUGUGAUGCUUUUGUUGUUCUAAGAGGCUUCUUAAAACAGUCCUAAAUACGUCGAUCUGUUUGUGACACAUCUCCUCACUGCACUGAAUGUCACUGGGCCGAACUCGCCCACACGGCUCACCGCCUUACAGGUGCAGCGCCAAUAUAGCGUCCUAAUGUGAGCUUGCGUCAUGACCGAACCGCCGCCCCCCUUUUGCCCUUUCGUCACCCCGGUUUCUGUCAUGUAGCCAGACCUUCAUCAUCGUCAAGCCCCCAGAUAUCUGGAGAAGAGCUCGGUGCCUUCUUGACACCUCUUCUGACCUCAAACACCGCCCUGUACUUAAUUCAUUUAAACAGGUGACCAAUACACAACUGUACCCUCUCUCCAGGGACCACCGAGAGUUCCAGAGCAAAGACCCGAAAAGAGAAAAGCUUAAUGUCAAUAUUAAUUUCAGUAUUCAUAAUAUCAUCGUCCAAAUCUUGCUGUAAUAUAAGCUAUUUCUUUCCUUCGCUCUCCAUCUUCCCCCUUUUUUAGUUCCUCCUCCUUCCACUCAUCAAACCUCCACUCACAAAGAUGCUGUUGGGUCACACACACAAGCAUGAAAGAAACUUGUGUAUUUGAAUAUUAUUUAUUUUGUACAGUUUAAGACAUCACCUAAAUAGGGGGGGCAAAUUUAGAUAAUGUCCCAGACGUAUGUAGCAACUUUGUGACCGUCAGACCCGCCAAGGUAUUUCUCUCUAAAUCUUUUAAGAGGUGUGAUAUUUUGGUUUGUCUGUACGUCAUGAUUAGAACUGUUUGGUUGUGGGGUUUUUUCUUUUCUUCAUUUGAUUUCAUGACGUUGUGAUUCCUAGUAACUAGGCCAUUAGGACACCACACUGGAGAGGCCUCCUCAACCAUACACACUACCUCUCCGGCUUUCUACACGGACACAUGCACUAAACGUGCCAGGCUGCAGCAAAGCAGAUCGAGAGAUUGUAGAAAGAAAAACAAAACUGGACUAAGUGGCUCCACGUCUCACUAAUGUUUUUAUCUUGAACCUAAAGUGACGAAUCAUUUGUGGCGAGGCUUUUAGUCUGCCAAAGUAGCCUAGAUUUAGAUCAGUGUCGUGUUGCAGCUUGUGUCUGCAUUAAGCUUUGUUUUUACACCAUGCUUUUGAAGCAGCAGAAAUAUAGUACUCCUUUUUAAAAAGAUGUUCCACCAACCUCAAGACACCAAACACGCCUAACAAAGGUGCCAAAAUCCAGCGCUGCUUGCCACGUAUUUUGAUCGUACUUUGAUUUAUUUCAUCUAAGCAGGUGUAUCUGUAUUAUUCUCAAUGAUUAUUAUGGCCUGUAAUUACUAUGGAAGGAGUGUUGUUCAGAUGGCCUCUUUAAGUGCAAGUAUGUCAUUGUUGUUAUUAAUCACUUUAUUUGUGUUCAUUUUGUAAUGUUGAAAUGGUUCAAAACUGGAUUUUUUAAAUAUAUAUGUACAUAAAUAUAAUGCUUUAAAGUGCAGUCAUGAAUUAAGAGAUUUCUCUUUCACAUCAAUAAAGUAAAAAGAAUAAAACCCCA